AUGACUCCUUAUUCGACAAUCUCUCUCACGGCCUGUAGCUUCCUCCUCCUCCUCUGGGGCUCGGCCGCCCAACAACACGCCGUGCUCGACACCAACGGAGACGAGCUCGUCGUGGGAGGCGACUACUACAUCAGCUCCACUUACCGAGGGGCUGCUGGCGGCUCCCUUUCCCUCCGCCCGGGAACCUGCCCGCCGCCCGUAGUCCAGACGUCGUCCGACCUCCAGCCGGGCCUCCCCGCGUCCUUCUGGCCAGCCAGCGGCGCUCCCGGCGGGCCCGUCAACGUCUCGGCCAACCUGGACAUCCAGUUCAGCGACGCCGAGACGUGGGGGUGCGACGCGAAACCCGUGUGGACGGUGGGUCGUGACCCUUGGACCAGGAGUGAGGCCGUGCGGACGGGGGGCGAGCUCGGGUCGAAUAAGGACCCGGACUACUGGUUCAGGAUCCAACCCUACGGGUCCAACUACAAGCUGUCGUAUUGCUGGGCGUGCGAAAUGUGCAUGAUGAUGCCCUCGUGCAGGGACCUGAGCAUCCGGUGGGGCGGUCAGGGCAGGCGUUUGGUUCUGGCUUCGCGGUCGGAGAGGCCGUUUGAGGUUGUGUUUAGGAAAGUCGGUCGGGGUAAUGAGGGUGCUCGCACGAUCAAGAUGCCAACUGAUAAUUGA